UUUAUGACUGAUUGAAUUACAUAGCCACCAAAAAUAAAUUAGAAAAGAUUAGUUUGGCAAGUUGAGUAUAACUAUAGAGAGAGAAAGAAAAACUGGCCUCGUCUAUGCAGUAUUGGGCAUCUAGCUAGACGAGAGAGAGAUAGAGAGAUCUAGUUGUACAGUUGGAAGUCGGAAUUGCAACAACAUUUCUUUGCAACCAACAACUUUUUUUUUUUUUUUUCAAGUCUAUGGUCCUAGGUUCUUUAUGUUGUAUCAUGGGACAACAUAGUCUCCACAUUGGAAUUUCUUCACUCUACAACAGUUUAGAGAGAGAAAGAGAGACCUUUUUUUAUUCUUGAUUAGACUGUGGUCAUCAAAAUUCGGGUUUGGAUCCUCUGUUGCGGCUAAAAUCUAUCGGAGAAAUGUGGGAUCUCAACGAUUCACCGGAUCAAAGGCGCGGCGGCGAUGAAUCGGAGGGCUGCUCCGAGGAAAAGGGAAAGCGCGUGGGAUCGGUUUCCAAUUCGAGCUCAUCGGCGGUGGUGGAGGAGGAGGAGGACGGCGGCGGGGGGAGGUGCUCCUCCCUCGUCACGCGGCAGUUCUUUCCGGGAGCGGCGGAGGAGGAUGGUGGGCCCCACGGAUUCCCCCGGGCGCACUGGGUCGGGGUAAAAUUUUGCCAGUCCGAGCCACAAGGUAGCAAUGGAGGCGGAGUUGCGUUGGGGAAGUCGGUGGCGCAGCCAAUGAAGAAGAGCCGGCGUGGGCCGAGGUCGCGGAGCUCGCAAUACCGCGGCGUCACGUUCUACCGGCGAACCGGCCGCUGGGAAUCGCACAUAUGGGAUUGCGGGAAGCAAGUCUAUUUAGGUGGAUUCGACACAGCCCAUGCCGCCGCCCGUGCAUAUGAUAGAGCAGCCAUUAAAUUCCGAGGAGUCGAAGCAGACAUCAACUUUACCUUAGAGGAUUAUGAAGACGACUUAAAACAGAUGAGCAAUCUAACAAAGGAGGAAUUUGUGCACGUACUCCGUCGGCAAAGUAGUGGCUUCCCAAGAGGGAGUUCAAAAUAUAGAGGUGUCACUUUGCACAAAUGUGGUAGAUGGGAAGCUAGGAUGGGCCAAUUUCUAGGCAAAAAGUACGUUUAUUUGGGUCUUUUUGAUACUGAAGUCGAAGCUGCAAGGGCUUAUGAUAAAGCCGCCAUAAAAUGCAAUGGCAAGGAAGCUGUUACCAAUUUCGAUCCCACCAUUUAUGAUGAUGAACUCAAAUCAGCAGAAUCUUCCAAUAAUGCAUCAGAUCACAAUCUCGACUUAAGCUUAGGGAAUUCUGCUUCACCGCAAACCAACGCGACUGGAACAUUGCAACUACACCUACAUUCUCCCGAGUCGUUCGCGAUCAGCAACGAAGCCCCUCGAUACCAAAUGUUCAAUAGGCCAUAUGGAUACCUCGAGGGCGGGACGAAUGAAGGAGGAGGAAGAGUGGUUGGCGAAUCGAGAAAUGGACAGCAAUGGCAAAUGAAUGAAGCUCAAACAAUGUUUGCUAAUGCUGCAGCAUCAUCAGGAUUCCCAUCAGCUCAUCAAAAUUGGAUUCAUAAAAAUGGGAUCCACCCUCUCAUCAGGCCAUCUUAGUUUUCUUCAAUUCUGAUUCAACCAUCAGAGAAUAUCACUAUUUUUAUCUAAGUCUGUAAAGAUUCUUGCUUUUACCCUAUUUCCCCCAUUUUAACUUUAUUUUAACACAUUAAAUAAAAUUUCUAGAGUUAGAUUUGACAA